GACUCUUAAACCAAUAAAUGAACAAGAUUAUGUCAUAAUUGAGAUAAAUUACUUCAGCUUUUCAGGAUGAAAUGCAUUUGCUAUCUUUUAAAUUUUUGUCUUGGCUUACAGAUAAGUAUUAAUCUAUAAACUUAAAGAAUAUUUUUGUACAACAUUAUUUAAUUUGAUUGCUUUCUCCAGAAACUUAAGGUAACAAUACUUACAAAAAUCUCUAUUAAUGAUUAAAAGCUGAUCAAUGCAAAAUCUAUACUUAAUUUGUUGUUCAAUAAAGGGUUCAAAACAUUGAAUAUGGCAACAAAAUCACAAUCAGAAGAAGUGGAGUAUGUUCCAGAAAGAAUCAGGAAGAUAGAAAAGAAAUUGGAAACCAGUCCAUAUGAUGUUGAGUCAUGGAACUCACUGAUUCGUGAAGCCCAGACAAACUCUAUUAACAAAGCUAGAAGAACAUACGAACGUCUCGUUUCACAGUUCCCAAGUGCUGGAAGAUAUUGGAAGAUUUAUAUAGAACAUGAGAUGAAAUCAAGGAACUAUGAAAAGGUUGAAAAACUAUUUCAAAGAUGUUUGAUGAGAGUUCUGAAUAUUGAUUUAUGGAAAUGCUAUAUAAGUUAUGUUAAAGAAACAAAAAGUGGAUUAUCAUCUUACAGAGAGAAGAUGUCUCAGGCAUACGAUUUUGCGAUAGACAAGAUUGGGAUGGAUAUUAUGUCUUUUCAGCUCUGGGCAGAUUAUGUCGGUUUUUUAAAAUCUGUGGAGGCUGUUGGUUCAUAUGCUGAAAAUCAAAGAAUCACUGCAGUACGUCGUGUGUAUCAAAGAGGUUGUAUCAAUCCUAUGCUUAAUAUUGAGCAAUUGUGGAGAGAAUACAAUGCAUAUGAGCAGAGUAUUAAUCCAAUCAUUGCAAAGAAAAUGGUUGAUGACCGAACCCGAGAAUAUAUCAAUGCAAGAAGGGUUUCAAAAGAACUUGAAGCAAUGACAAGAGGGCUUCAAAGAAAUAAUCCUGCAACUCCGCCAAAUCCAGCGAAUCCAGAAGAAAUGAAACAGGUUGCAUUAUGGAAAAAAUAUAUUGAAUGGGAAAAAGAAAAUCCAAUGAGAACAGAAGAUUUAAAUCUCCUCACAAAGAGAGUGAUGUUUGCAUACGAACAAUGUUUACUCUGCCUCGGCCAACAUCCUGAUGUCUGGUAUGAAGCAUCACAAUAUUUAGUUUCUACUAGCAAGAAAAUGAGUGAGAAGGGGGACACAAACAGCAGUAAGAUAUUGGCUGAUGAAGCAGCUUCUAUGUAUGAAAGAGCAACUUCAAACUUGAUGAAAGAUAAUAUGUUGAUACAUUUUGCUUAUUCUGAUUUUGAAGAAGGAAGAAUGAAGUUUGAGAAAGUUCACAGCAUUUAUGAAAAGUUAUUGGAGUCAAUGGAUAUCGAUCAAACUUUGACAUACAUCCAAUAUAUGAAGUUCGCUAGAAGAUCAGAAGGUAUCAAGGCUGCUCGACAAGUUUUUAAGAAAGCAAGAGAAGAUACCAGAGUCAGAUUUCAUGUUUACGUUGCUGCUGCAUUAAUGGAAUAUUAUUGUACAAAAGAAAAGCAAAUUGCUUUCAAAAUUUUUGAACUUGGUUUAAAAAGAUUUGGAGAUGAACCAGAUUAUUUACUCUCUUAUAUUGACUACAUGUCACAUUUAAAUGAGGACAACAACACAAGAGUAUUAUUUGAAAGAGUUUUAACUUCAGGAAGUCUUCCUCCGGAUAAAUCUGGAAAAAUUUGGGACGAAUAUCUUGAAUUUGAAUGUAAUGUAGGUGAUUUAUCUUCUAUGUUAAAAGUCGAGAAAAGGCGGUUGGAAGCUUUUAAGAAAGAAUAUGACGGAAAAACUACUUGUUUACUUGUUGAUAGAUAUCGAUUUUUGGAUCUUUUUCCGUGCACUCCAGAAGAAUUGAAGAGUAUUGGAUAUAAGGAUUCUAGAGCGAGACCUGUUGUUGGUGUUCCAGCUGCCGUUCCAUCAAUAUCUGAAGCUUCAACAAGUCAACUAAAAGAAGAAAAUGAACCGCAGAUUGGUGUUGGUCUACCAAUGCCUGACUUGACGCAAAUGUUGCCAUAUAGACCAAGAGUUAAUCCACUGCCAGGACUUCACCCCGUACCAGGAGGAGAAUUUCCUGAACCAGCUGCAGCAACAGCAUUGUUACGUCUCAUGCCUCCACCAAAAUGUUUUAACGGACCAUUUCCAAUCAUUGAUGAUUUGUUGAGUAAAUUUCGAGAAUGGACUCUACCUGAGGAGAAAGAAUGGUUGAAGCACAUAAACCUUACUCCUGGUGAAUUCGACCCACAUCGACAACUCAAUGUUUCUAAAGGAACAAAACGACCUUCAUCAAAUAAUAAUGAUGAUUCAGACGAUGAGUCUCGAACAACUACGGGAUCAGGGGGACCAGGAGCUCCACCUGUCAAAGAUAUAUAUCGAGCGAGACAACAAAAAAGAGUUCGCUGAUCAUCGAGGAUAGAAUGGGGUUCAACGUUCCUAGAAAUAGGGUCAUUUCAAGAAGAGUGUUUACUGCUUGUAAUAUGAAACAGGGAAUUUGUUUAAAACUUUUAGGAAGAUAAAGAACAUACGUUUGAUGGAUUUUAAAAUGCCAAUCGGAAACUUGUCAAGCGCGCUUUUUACACUCCACACUUUCCUAAUAUUCGUUAGGCUGACUGAUUUUCAAUUAGUCAGAAUUUGUUCUUCGAAUCCAAAAUCACGAGAUUGUUCUCGGUUUCUGUGGUUUGGUGAUGUAAAUGGGGUAUUUCAUUUGUCAAUGCAUUAUUAGGGGAAACUCUUCCCCUGUAUUACGAGUAUUUCUUGUUAUCCAACCUUGCCUGUUGAAACAUCUACACAGACUGAAGUAGUAGUUAGUAUUUUAUGCUCCUCGUAUUUUGUAUGUUGGUGUGAGCACGAUAGACUAUUGUGAAGCUUGUUUCAUUUGUACAUACUAUUUUUUUCACAUUGAAACAGCUUUUAAAUGCAAUAAAGCAGCAUUCUUUUUAUUCUA